AAAUACUAAACUCGUUUUUAAAUUAGUAUUCUGCAUUUUUACCACACUUAACUAGGUACAUAGUGCACUGCUUGAGUCCACUGUUUUACGAGUUGAUGAAAAUAUAGACAAAAUACCUUGCUGCUCACGAUCAAGAAGAAUAUAGUCUCUUUCACCUUGUCGCCCACAAUUACCGCCAAUUAUAUUCAGCUAUAGUUAGCAGAUUCAAUAAAUUAAAGAACAAUCUCAUAAUUCACAGUGGUCGGUAUUGAAAGAGACAAUAAUAACGUACAAAAAUGGUAAUUAAGUUGGCGGUGGUUGCCGUCUGUCUGUUUGCUGGAGUUUGCGCUCAAACUUGCGUGGAUCAGGACAACAGAUGUUCAGAAUGGAAGAGAUGGUGUGGUAUAAACAAUUACGUUGAUGAAAAUUGCAAAGAAACCUGUGACGAUUGUCCAACAGGUGGCGGGGGAGGUGGAGGUGGAGGAGGAGGCGGGAGUGAAACCUGCGUUGAUAAAAAUAGUGGAUGUCCGAACUGGGAGUCUUAUUGCGGUAACCACAAUUUUGUGGAUGAAAACUGUAAAAAAACGUGUGGUACUUGCUCAACGGGAGGAGGUGGAGGAAGCGGGGGAGGCGGAGGGGGCGGAGGUGAAACAUGCAAAGACGACAACGCAGGUUGUCCAGGAUGGUUGUCUUAUUGUUCUUGGCAUGAGUACGUAAUAAAGAACUGCAAAAAAACAUGCAAAAUCUGUCAAACUGGAGGUGGCGGUGGAGGAGGAGGAGGUGGUUCGUCCUCUUGGUCUGCUUGUUCAAAGUCAUGCGCAGAAGGCACGAGAUACAGAACUCUGAGCAAUGGUACCAAACAGUGGGAAGCUUGCAAUAUAGAGAAGUGUAAUAAAGUAGCAACUUGUGGAUCUAACCAAAAACAAAGAAAGGGUAUUCCUCAUGCUUGUUGUAAUGACAACGUAAUUUCAACAUGCGGUAAAGUUAACAUUGUUCAACGUAUUUUUGGUGGCGACGACGCAAUUCGAAAAGCAUGGCCAUGGAUGGUUGCUAUAAAUUCGACUAUUAGCAACAGACUGUUUUGUGCAGGAGUCCUUGUUUCUGAUAGAUACGUCAUUACAGCUGCUCAUUGCAUGGCAGACGUUAGUACAGGCGAAGAACUUACGACUGAUGAUGUUCGAUUAAAUUUCGGAAUCCUGCGACUGACUGAUUUAGCGACCGCAAGAAAUACUGGGCGUGUAGAUAAGGUGUUUUAUCCAAAAUUGAACCAAAACAGCGCGAACUCUAAGAAAGUCUUUAAUUACCCAGAAAACGAUAUUGCAAUAAUACGGACAAAAGCUAGAGUUCGACUGUCAUCAGCCAUACAUCCCAUAUGUUUACCUGGUGGCGAAAUCACUCCUAAAGACACAACUUGCUACAUUGCUGGAUGGGGAAUAACAUCUAACGCCAAUACCGCCACGGAAGUGACACAUUUACAAGAAGUUGCCGUUCAAAAUAUGGAUCUUGACAUUUGUCGUGUGGAGAUGGCAAAGUAUAAAAACGAGAUUCCAGAAGAAGAAGCAUACGUACAAUCCAGUAACAAGUUACUCUGCGCAGGAAGCCUUCACAAGGGUGCCAAUAGCUGUCGGGGAGACAGCGGCGGGGCUAUGAUGUGUCAAAGAUGCGCAAACUGUAAUUGGUAUUUAGCUGGCAUUGUAUCGAUUGGGGUAGUUGACUGUACCAUACCAAUACCCGCAGCAUACACCAAAGUUGUAGAUUUUGAAGCCUGGAUACGUAGCGUCACUAGCAUAAGUAGGGAAUAUUAUUCAUGUUCUAGACAAGUUGGACCUUAGAUAUGCUCCGGAAAUAUGAUAUUGCAUAAGGUUGUGAUAAACCAGUUAAUAAAAGAACUUGUAUAUACUGUA